AUGAGAAUUACGGCGAAAUAUAUUCAGAUUGUAUUAAUUAUUUUUCUUGUAUUUCAGAAUGCUAGCGCAUAUUUGGCUGAAGUUCGCAAAAGAAAUAACCAAGCAUUAGCUAGCACGAGUUACGCAUUCGACAGCAUCUGGGCUGCAGCAUUGAUGUUAAAUGCGACUUCAAACGAAACUCGUCCAGAGGACUUCGUAUUAUCAAGUGACCAGUUUUUUUCUGAUGAGUAUAAAGACUUGCUGGAGGAACAAGAGUUUGAAGGAUUGUCUGUAAGUUAUACUGUAAAAACAUUAAAACCAACGCAGAUUAAAUUAACUAUAUAAAAAAUUAAUCAUACACAAAUUCCAGAUAUUCUGCUAGAAAUUAGCAGGGGGAGGGACUGGUAUUUACAACCAUUAGUAUAAUACGACCCUUCAUAUGUAUGAGUUGAAAACUUUGUGACCCUACCCUAUAGGGCUCUAGUUUUGAAGAAAAACUAUAACCCCUUCAAAAACAGAUUUUGCCGUCAUUCCAGACAUUGUAGCCCCCCUUCUACUUUUUCCCCGAUUUCAACUUUUCACCAGCUACAACAGUUCAGAAGAUUGUGGAGAGGGGCAGAGGGCAAAGCCCACAUCUAGAAUUUGUGAAUAUCUAUAUGUAGUGUCUUCCAAAUGGAAUUUUAUACGCAUUCUAUUCUACGUAAAUUUCUCUAGGGGGACCGCUAGAAAAGUUCUAUAUAUAUAUGGUGGUGCAAAAAUUCUUGGAGGUGCACAUCCCUCCCUCCUCUCUGUCUAUUUUUUCAUGACACGUCCUUUUCAAAGGCUCGAAAACUUAUAAUCCUCCCCCUGCUAAAUUUUGGCAAGUUCUGUAAAUAUUUGCCAAACAAUCACGCCACGUGGUGUGCUAUGAACUGUCUUGCAAGAGCAGAUUAUACUGGACCUUAUUGCAUAUAUAUUUAUUGUUAAGGAAUGUUCGCCCAAGUACGUUUCAUAUCGAUUUAUAAAGAUAUUUCGUACGUUAAGCAUGUCUGCCACGUUUCAGGCUUUGGCAUCUUACCUUGUCAACAAACUGCCGCGAUGCAAAACUUUACGCUCACUAAUAAAAAAAAUUCAUGAAAAGUAGUUACGAGCUUGAUUGAAGGCGUACCUAGUAUUUUAGGUUCUUCACUCGUCGAGUAAAUCUGUCCAUUUUCUGAACUUUUAGGGUCCACAUAACUUCUUUAAUCGUGAAAGGAUUGGAACUGUUACGAUCAGUCAAAUGAGGGUGCAAAAUGGCAUUGGUGAGUGAUAAACGUGACGUUGUCAAUUGAACUUUUGUGUGGAACAAAAGGACUCAAGUUAAUUGAUUUGCUGUAUGUUCCGACUUUUUUAGGAUAUAUUUUUAACUACAUAACUGUUGAAUAGCUGUAGGCCCUUUUCUUGCUCAGGUAGUGUAGCAAGAUUUCUUCUUUUUAUUAACUUUAUAAUCAUAUUAUAUAUAUAAAAAAAUACACAUACAGCUAUGAUUGAAGGAUUGGACAACAGAACUAGAAUCGCAUACUAAGUCCAUCCAUCUAACACUAUAAAACACGACAUAUUACGGACUACAAACAGGACACCGUAAUACUAAUUUUACAGGCCUUUACACUAUAUUUCAACUGAACACUCAUUAAUAAUUCAUAAGCUUAUUGGCAAAUCAUGUCAACCGUGAUAUGUCAUGUGCAGUGGCUUUAAACCUAAUAAAACACUCCUGCUCGUUUAUUAAACAGUACAAAGCAUACAAGAAUAAAUACUACACUACCGUAAAAUUUUUUGCGAGAUUCAGAUUUGACACCCAUCACUAUUAGCAUCACUAUAGCUGGAAACCACUAACCAUUUUCAUUUUCACAUGAAUUGGGUCCUUUGUUAUAUCAUUAAUAAAAGGCUCAACUUCGUUGAAAAAGCUGCAUGUAGCAUGUCUUGUAUACUAUAUUCUCUCACAUUUUCAACAUCCCAUCUUAUAGAAGUCAGUACAGAAUAUUGAACGGUCUGUACCAGUGUAGAUAGUGCCUGUAAUAACAAAACGUUGCUAUACAAGGCAGUGGCGUAGCCAGACCUUCAUUUUUUUUUUUGGGGGGGGCGAAGCGAACGUCGAAGGCGCGAGACCAUCUAGGGGGUCGGGGGGCAUGCACUCCCGGAAAUAUUUUGAAAUCUAGAGUCCCUGAAAUGCGAUUUCAAGCAUUUUGGGGUGAAAUCUUGCAGAAUUCCGAACAUUAUAAGUACAUCGAAGACAUGAAUUUUCCCAAACAUUUCUAAUUUUCUACUCGGAAUUAAAUAAAUUGGAAAAGUCACCUUGAAUAACAGGAGGAGCCGGUCAACGUCACCUUAUUUCCCGUGAUGAUGGGGGAAGAAAAUCCCAAUGUGACUGAUUUUGAUCAGAAAUGUUUCAUUUAAAUCAUUCUUGGUUCUAUAAGACAGCAUUUCCGCAUUCUCAAAAUUGCGUUGCUUUUUUAUACGAUACAGAAUAAGUCUGAGAAGAAUAUUCAUGCUAUGAUAUAUUAAAUGCAUACAUGUAAUGCAUACAAAUCUAUUCUUCUUGGAACCGUAUCUACAACUGCUUUAACGAGAUUUUACAAAUCAAGUUCCUCCAGUAUAUCGUCGUUUUCCUCAGUCGAGAUGUACUUAAUCAGUUUCAGCUUCGAGGAGGAUGUAACGUGUACCCCCCCCCCCCCAAUUUCUCUACGGAUUUAGCCUUUUUCAGAGAAUGUGUUUUUUUUCGAUUGGGGGGGCGGUCGCCUCCCCUCCCCCCCCCCUUGGCUACGCCACUGAUACAAGGAGAAAUUCGAUGUUUCGAGCGAAGGCCCUUCAUCGUGAAGCUUGUAUUUUUCAGGUAUUUACAUCUCUAUCAUUCGACAUUUUGUCAGUACAGAAUGGUCUAUAAUGUGCACUGUGAGGCCCGGCCGUAUUUUUCAUGUAGAUCGACAUUUUGCUGGCGCAAUUCAGUCCAAUAAUUUCUGUGGUUCCAGGCACACAAAACGUCUGACAGAUUAUCAUAUUUGAAUGCAUAUUAUAAAAACGGCUAACAGGGUAACGAUUGUUUUUGUUUUUGUUUUAAGCUCAACUUGUUCAAAUCGGAAGUCACGAUACUGCCAGUAAUACAUUAACCUUAAACGACGAGGAAGUAAAGAAAAUGUGGAAAG